AUGUGGUGUCCUCUUUCUCCUCCAUCACACGUGGUGACUGUGAUUUUGGUCCUUCAAGUUCCUGCUGUGAAUACCUUCAUCCAUGCCAUUUGCAGCCAUAACUCCACCAACUUCGAUUUCAGGGCCCUGCCUCUUCUUUUUGGGUCUCCAAUUCCUCCCGAUGAGCUUGCAGGAUUUCUGGUUGAGGCAAGGCCUGAAGAUGUCUGCCAUCCCACCAAAAGCCAGCCAAACUCCUCGAUGGUCUCUGUGGCUCUCAUCUAUCGGUACAACUGCUCCUUUGCCAGCAAGGUCCUUCAUGCCCAGCAGACUGGCUUCCAUGUGGCCAUCAUGCACAGCGUGGACCCCCAAACCCUGGUGAAAAUGGUGAGCAAGGCAGGUGCCCAACAGAAUAUUUACAUCCCAGUUGUGUUCAUCCCAGCAGACAUGGCUUCCAAGGUCCUGAAGCAGUUUCACCAUUCCAGGAAGUUAUCUUUGGUGGUCCUUGUACUUGAAUAUUUCCACUUCACCCAGAAGGGUUCAUCUGGGAUCACCCACAUUUCCUCCAUGCAUCCUCAGUGCCACAUCCACUUCCCUGGCCCCUGCCAGCUGAUGGUGUUUCUCCACACCUGCUGGAUGGUUUGUGUCCCAGUGUCUCUCUUGAUUGCCUCCUUGCUGCUUGAAAAAUACCUCUCCAGGUGCAAGAGAUGGAGCAUAGAGAGAAACUGGCACCACUUGGAAAGGGGCAUGGUAGGCUUCUCUUUGCGGGGCUCCCAAUACCAAGAAUGUGCCAUCUGCCUGGACCGGUACAAGGAACACGACAGCCUGAAGGUUCUCUCAUGCUCACACGCCUUCCACAGCAAAUGCAUUGACCUCUGGCACAUCACUCAGACCAGGAGCAAGACCUGCCCACUCUGUAUGCAGAAGGUGAUUGUGGUCACCCGGCUGCAAGCGGUGCGGUUGUGGAAAGAGGCGCCAAGGGAAGACAAAGUGGCCAUGUGUUACAGCAAACAUCUCCCUCCCUCUCACCACAAAUGCCAGUGCCCACUGCUCUCGCAACAGCUCCCUCCCCAGUUCUGA